AAUAUCCUUAUACAGCGAUAAUCAAUAUACACAUAGGCAUGUGAUUGUUUUUGUUUCUGUAUAAGCUAGAGUAUAUCUCAUGCAAAGUGAUCUGUUUAUUACAGUGUUCUUCAAAGAAAAUUGAUCAUGGAAAUGACAAAAUUACGCAAAGAUUAUGAACAUAUAUUGGAAAUAUCGGUAUACCGACGAGUAGCUGUCACAGUAUGUACUUCGGCUCCAGAAUCUACUGUUCAUGGUUUCAUGGAAGAGAUAUCGCACGAGCUGUAUGAUAUCAUUAAGGAAGUUAAAUAUCAACAGCUCCCUUACAAUGAAGUCGAGAAAUUAAACUUCAAAGACAAGGAAAUAGACGCCAUGAUACUCUGUCAUUCUAUUCAAAACAGAAGGUUUGCCAUCACAGAUGUGAAGGAUGCAUUAUAUACAAGGUUCCUUCCUAUAGCUGUAAGGGAGCUAGGUAAAUCAAAAGUUGGGGUGAUCGUGCAUGAUUUGCCGACAGAGACGAUCCUCGAUGACAAUGAAUACGAAGAAAAGAUGGAAUCAUUUCGUCGUCAACAGCCAACCACUUUUAAGAAUGCUUCAAUGGUUUUUAUCAGCGGUCAACUGUCUAACUCUCCCAGUCAACUUGGGCCUGGUAACUGGACUGAACUUCAAACUUUUAUCGCAAAGGCAUCUAGAUUCUCAGAAGCACCACCAUAUAAAGCUCUUCGGAAGGUUCUUCUACCAGCAGUUAUAGUCUUUCUAGUUUUACUUUCACUGAUUCUCCUCUUAAGCAUUGAAUUGUCUUGAAAACUGAUGAUAGGUUCUUUAACUUUUACGUGGAUUCUUGCUUGACACUUUAGUUGAUUGAUGCUUGUAAACUGAUAUUACGUCAUAUCCGAUGAAUGGUAAAAUAUUCACCAUGACUGGCUCUAAAUAAACAGUUUCAUCUAUUAUAUCUGUAUGAUAGUUUUUACUAUCGAUAGUGACUUAAUUGCACUACUAAUUCAUAGGCCUAUUUUAAUACAUCAUUUCAUGCAACAAGAAAGUGGUCUUCUGUUUUGGCUAAGUUCUUGAAAAACGAUAACUUAAUUAAACAAUAAAGUUCUUGAAAACGAUACUUCAUCAUUCCCCCAUCUUAACUCAAGAUGAUGCUUUAUCAACAACAAGCUGAGAUCGGAGGUGCUGACUUCUAUUGUUCUAUAAUAUUUGAGUAGAUCCAAUGUCAAUUCACCAGCAUGUCAAAUUGAACUGAUUUUAUGGUUACCACCUGAGAUAAGGUUAACAUGUGAAACUACACUCCUUAAAUACAAUCCUUUUUACACUCCUCUUGGAGGACCAAUCCAUUUGGAGUGAACUGUAAUCCUUAUAAAGUGCAUUAUAUCACCUUCUGGUCAAAUUAUUUCCAAACACCCCCUAAACGAGUUUUUCUCUGUGUGCAAAUAACCCCCUAAACAAGUUUUUCGCGGGCUUUAUUUACACAUUUACUGUUCAUUAAUAUACUUCGCCAUUUCUAUCUUAACACAUCAUUCUCCUUGAUCGUGAUAUCAUUUUAAAUUUUGUUUAAACCUUUUGUUCUUGAUACCAGUUGUGGUAACGAUCUCAAAAUGAGUUCGAACAGAAUCCAUUGAAAUUACCACCCAAUUGUUUGUAUGCAUGAAUAAAAAUAAUGAACGUGCCAAA